AUGGAUAUCGGCGAGUUACUGGACUAUAAGCCGCCGCAAGCGGUGAAAAGACCCGCUGAAGGCGAGGAGGAGGACGACGAAGAAAAAACUCGUAAAAUGCGUAGAAUCGCCCGCGCCAAGGCGAAUCGAAUGGCGAGACCGAGUUCCCCUACGCCGUCGAUGCAGGCUUUGGACCAAAUCACCGAUGAAGAGAGAGCGGAAAUACUGAGAUUCGUGGAGACUGAACAAACGCAAGGAGAGGUUGUUGACGAGCAGGGCAUUAAAAAGAUCGUUUUGAAUUUUGAGAAGAGGUGCUUGAAGAAUAGGGAGAUGAGGAUUAAGUUCCCGGAUUCUCCGGAGAAAUUUAUGGAGAGUGAAGUGGAACUACAUGAAACACUGCAGGAGAUGAGGGUUUUGGCGACAGCGCCCGAUUAUUACCCUCUGUUGGUUAAACUGCAGGUGAUUCCGAGUCUUUUGGAGCUGCUAUCACACGAUAACACUGAUGUGGCGGUAGCUACGGUGGAGUUACUGCAGGAAUUAACCGAUGUGGACAUUCUGAAUGAAUCUGAAGAAGGGGCUGAUGCUUUGAUAGAAGCUCUAUUGGAACACCAAGUUGUAGCACUACUGGUGCAGAAUUUGGACAGACUGGAUGAAACAGUGAAGGAAGAAUCUGAUGGGGUACACAACACUUUAUCGAUAAUCGAGAAUUUGAUUGAAUUGAGGAGUGAGAUCACCAAUGAGGCGGCUAAACAAGGUUUAUUGGCUUGGAUAUUGAAAAGGAUGAAGGUUAAGAGUCCUUUUGAUGGCAAUAAGUUGUACGCGAGUGAGAUGUUGUCGAUUUUGCUGCAGGAUAAUGAGAAAACCAGGGUUUCUCUUGGGGAAUUGGAUGGUAUUGAUGCAUUGUUGCAACAGUUGGCCUUCUAUAAGAGACACGACCCAAACAGUGCCGAAGAGCAUGAAUUUAUGGAGAACUUGUUUAAUUCUUUGUGUAGUUCUUUGAUGUCGGUGCCCAAUAGGGAUAAGUUUUUGAAGGGGGAGGGGUUACAGUUGAUGAACUUGAUGCUGAGAGAGAAGAAGACGUCGAGGAAUGGUUCUCUGAAAGUUGUGGACUACGCUAUGUCGGGCCCGCAUGGUAAAGACAACUGCAACAAGUUUGUGGACAUUCUAGGGUUGAGAACCAUAUUCCCGCUCUUCAUGAAAACGCCGAAGAAGAACCGGAAGAAGGUCCUGUCCACGGAAGAGCACGAGGAGCACGUUUGCUCGAUAAUAGCGUCGAUGCUGAGGAAUUGCAGGGGGUCGCAAAGGCAACGGUUGGUGAGCAAAUUCACGGAAAACGACCACGAAAAAGUGGAUAGAUUGUUGGAGCUGCACUUCAAGUAUCUGGAGAAAGUUGAGUCUGUCGAUGACGGCAUAGACGAGAAUGAAGAGCACGAUGAGGACGCGGCGUAUUUAAAACGGCUGGAAGGCGGACUUUUCACUCUACAACUCGUUGAUUACAUCAUCGUGGAGGUUUGUUCGGCCGGGGCUCCGAGUAUCAAACAGCGAGUGAUGCAGAGUUUAAACUUGAGAGGGGCUUCAUUAAAGACAAUUAAACAUAUUAUGCGGGAGUAUGCCGGCAAUUUGGGCGAAGAAGGGGACAAGGAAUGGCGGGACCAAGAACAGCAGCACAUUCUUAAUUUGGUCGAUAAGUUUUGA